AUGUCAGGGAAUAUUUAUAUGGAUAUUAUUGCAUCCCAAGUUAGUCAAGGCAACUUUGGUGGAAAGAAUGGACAAUUUGGUUAUUUAGCAAAAGAUAAAAGUAGAAGAGAAAAGAAAUUAACAAAAGAGACUAAAUUUGAAGCACCAAAAAAGAAAGUUGAAGAAAAAUUUGAAUGCAAUGUUUUUAUUGGUAGUGGAACAGCAAAAUCUACUGAUAGUAAUGGUUUAUCAGAUCCAUUUGUUAUUAUUUGGAGUGUUGAUGCUGAAGGACAACCAGAUAAAUCACUUUUCAAAAGUAAAGUUUGUAAAAAAACUUUAACUCCAAACUGGGAUGAAAAGGGUACUUUAAAAUUAAAGGAAUCUUAUAAAUCAUUAAUUGUUGAAUUAUGGGAUCACGAUUUAUUAACUGCAAAUGAUUUCAUUGGUAGAGCUAGAAUAAAUGUUGAUGCUAUUAAUAUUAAAAAAUACAGUUAUACCUUCAAAGAUACCAUUAGUGUUUAUGAUGGUGAAAUAUCAACUCCAAGUGGUACUGUCUAUAUUGAAAUUACCAAUUCAAGUUCAACUAAAUCAUUUUCUUCAUGUGCUUAA